UCCUCUGUUCACCGUGCGUCUGUUCAUUGUUGUCCCGGAGGGAGGCAGCUUCUGCCCUGGAGGAACCAUCUCCCUGCUCCAGACGACCAACAAGUCAUCGGUACCCGGUGUCGGCGGUGGCCCGCGAGGCAGCAGACGACAGAGUGAUCUGCUGAGCUGUUGCUGAUCCACCGGUCCCACUAUGACGUCACAUUUCUGGGGCAUCGUAAAAACAGCAGCUACUGAAUGCAGACUGUGUAUUUUUCUGUACUUACAAACCCUCGACCUUAUUUAUGAUGAAAAAAGCCAUGAAUCCUCUCUAUUGAGAACUGCGCUUGACAAUCCACGUCCACUGGAGCCUCAGUCGUCUCAACAACACUGUGGUGAUUCCACUACGUGUUAUUUUAAGGAACAUCUACCUUUAGAGGAUGUUUGACUCGUUCACACACUGACUGCCUCCAACAUGUUCAUGUGAUAUUUUUAAUGUUUUAUAAUUUUUUUACUAUGCGCUCAGUGAGAGGGAACAGUCAUUAAUGCUAUUGUUAUACCCUGUGCUUUUUUUAUCUAUAGACAUUCUAUCCAUGUUCUACUGUUUUUACAGUAGUAUACAGAGAAAUUGACAAACUUUACAGUAAUGACAUAUCAAUAACAUGGUAACACUUUACAUUAUAUUAUUCUCCAUUAACUAUAGUUGCUUGUUGACAUGCAUAUUAGCUUUUUAUUAGUUAUUAAAAAACCCAUAUUAAUGUUGUAUUCUGCAUGAUGCCAUUGAUUUCCCUCUAACUUUAUUUCUGCUCAUUAACAGUAAGUAAGAAGUUGUACAUCAGAAUCCUCUGGGUUGGUCUGUAUGUCCAGGACAUGGAGGUAGUACCACAAGGUUAUCUCCAUCACAUGUUCAUAACAUAAAUAUCUUCAUCACAUGUUCAUCACAUUUUCAUCACUUGUUCAUCACAUGUUCAUCACAUAAAUAUCUUCAUCCCAUGUUCAUAACACAAACAUCUUCAUCACAUGUUAAUCGAAUGUUCAUCACAUGUUAAUUACAUGAAUAUCUUUAUCACAUGUUAAUCACAUGAAUAUCUUCAUCACAUGUUCAUAACACAAAUAUCUUCAUCACAUGUUCAUCUCCAACUCAGUCAACUCAGAUUCAUUUGAGCUCAGUUUGUUAUUUAUUGAUUGAUUAAUGUCUGCGUUCCGACCAUGACCACGUGAUCUACGUCAGCGGAAGCGGAGAUACUGAUUAACAGAUUAUCCACGUGAGGUUGCCAUGACGACGGGGGCUCGCGCGUCUUAAGGAACAUGCUGCUCUGUGAUUGGCUGACGGCUCAGGGCACAGUGUCCUUCAAGCAGGUUCCUCGGAGCCGCUUCACUCGCACAAGAAACCGACGAUGGACGAGCAAGAGUGAAACACAACAAUCUGUACCACUCACCUUGAAUAAGUAAGUUACUAAGAUGCCUAAAAGUGAUACCUGGCCAGGGGGCAUUGGAUUGGAGACGACGAUCGGCAUGGACAGUGCUGGCAGCUGUGACAGUGUUGUCAGUGCCAAUUCUGGCUUUAGCGAUGACAGUCUGGAGCACCUGUCUGCUGAAGAGAAGGCCUGUCUCAUGUUUUUGGAGGAGACCAUUGAGUCUUUGGAUACUGAGGAGGAUAGUGGACUGUCCAAUGACAAACCUGAACAAAUGUCGAGCCCUGGUAACCUCACUACCAAACUGGCUGACCUGUCAGCCUCCAUGAGCAAAAGCAAGUUGAACGAUUUACAGAAACAUGCCUCAAAAGACCCCAUCGAGGAAAAUGUAGACACCAAACCCAUGCAGAGCUACCUGGUUCCUACACCUCUUGUUGUGGCAAGCAGCACUAUCUUUUCGGUAUCCAAAACUAAACCAGGCAUUCUUUCAGAUAAGAACUUCUCCAAGCCUCAGUUCACUCCUUCAAGCAACAAAUCGCAUCACAAACACAACCAGAAACCUGUUGUUCACUUUGAGGUUAAUGUUGUGAUACCUCCUCCCACGAAACCCAAGGACUACUCAGUUAAGACAGUUGAGGAUCCUUUACCCAGAGGACCUCUGUCCUACGAGGCACUUGUUUAUUUGCGACGGAGUGCCUCCACAAAAAAGACCCCUUUGUGUCGCACAGUUGAUCAUACUAUAGAUUUGGACAAGCGUCUUCCAGCUACAAAGGAACACCCAAAUCUCGGAAACAUCCCAAGAUCUGACAGAUUCCCCCCCGAGUCUUCCAAGCCUAAGACAUGUCCUCCAGUUGUGGCCCCCAAACCCAAAAAUAUUCCUGCUAACAUUGCUGUGAAAACCCAAAAUAAAGCUUUGACAGCCUCAGACUCGUCAUACAGUAUUAAGCAUGCAAAAGAUCCCCAGGUUGUGAGACUGGAAGCUUUGCAUAAGCUUGGCCUCCUGAAAGACCAACACCCAGACAAUGAGACAGUGGCCCCACUAUCUCCCACUAAAUCUCAAUCUUCUUUGGACCCAACACCUAAAAGAUUUACAAAAGUGAAUCCACCCAGAAGCCCAUCGUUUUGUUAUUCUCAAGUGCCCAAGAUCAAACCUCUGCAGAGCAGUGCCAGUUUCCAUCACCAUUCGAGAUGUGACCAACAUUCUGGACCUGUAUCACAUCCUGUUCAAUCCCAUGAAUUAAAGGCAGAUGUUCUGGAGCACUCUGCUCCCCUACAUGGCCCGAGAAAUAGUGGAAACUGUCCUGAACUAGGACAUGUCGCAGGACCUGAGCCAAUGAGAACGACCACUGCAGCCCAGCCUGUACCUCAAAAACCCUCAAACUCAGUGGGAUAUACUGUGAUGGUGGUGCCUGGGAUGGGAGCUGAUCGAAGAGAAGCUCUCAGAAAGCUUGGACUGCUCAAACACUAAAAACAGCUGAACAGCAGAAGUCUGAUUGUGUAAACAUGGUGCUUGGAGAAAGUUCACAAGCUUCAUCAGCUUAAAGAGAGUUACAGCUUUAAGCUGAAACUUGGCACUUGGCACUUUGGCAAACUAAAGCAUGGGGGUGAAGAAGAAGAACAAUUUAAAGGGGAAUACCAGAACUUGUGCUUACUUACUUACUUACUUACUUGAGGGCAGAUUUUUUUCCCCAGCUAUUUUUCCUUAGGUCUCAGGAAUAUUUGGAAAUUUAUGUUACACCUUUCAAACCCUUAGAAUCUUCAUAUUUGAUGAGGGUAUGAUUAUUGUGUUUGCUGUAACACAUUACAGAGGUAUGUAAAGCCGACAUCAUGGUACCAGCAACAUGGUACAAAUGAGGUCCUUUAUUGGUUCAGUGCUUGCACAUACGUAUUGUCGUUUCUAAUGGAAUUCUAAAGAUGGCGGACAAACAACACUUUCCCACCACAUUUAGAUAUAUGCCACUGUUGGAGGAAACAGAAAUACAAAGCUACCGUACAACCAAUCACGUUGUGAUCUCUUAGUGUUGUGGCCCUACAACACGGCCGCAUCCAUAGCUCGAAUUGCAGUUAGGAGCAACAAGAUACCAACGCCUGCCUAUGAUACCAGAAGGGCGCUUGGAGAGAGCUUACCUCCACAAAGGCUAACCCACUAUCUCGCCAUGUUAAAGAAAAUGAUAAACAAAUCACUGUAUCUGCCCCUUUGUCUGGAUCUUCUCCAAAAUUAGAUUGGCUCUUCCUUCCCACCCCUAAACAAAAUUUAAUGCAAAUUAUUUCAGUAGAUUUUGAGUAAAGACAUGAAAUAAAAAUGAAUCAUAACUUACUUGGCAGAGGCAAAAGAAAAAGAAGUGAGCAGUGUUAAGAUCAAUCUUUACCCUUUCAUCUCCAAGUCAGAGGCAGAACUGGGUUGCUGAAUGUUUAUGACACAAUUUUCCAUACACUAUAUUCAAGUUCGUGGCUAUAAGAUUAUUUGCGUUGAUUUAGCUAUAGGACAUUAUAUUUUAAUGAGCCCUGGUGUGCACAUAUCCCAUUUUAGAAUGGUGGUAACUGUAGAAAGCCACAGUAAUACUUUUCUACUUGUCCUGCUCCUUCUACAUUAUACUGUACAUAAAAAGCUGCUUCACUUCACAUCAACCAAAAUAAAGAGGAUUUUAUUUAUAUUA